AUGACAACCUCCCAGAACCCGGCGGACGGCCGGGCUUCAUCAACUGGCGCCUCCCUGUCGGCUAUACCUGCCGAUGCCUCGGCAGAAGCUCAAACGUCCUGUCAAGAGGCGGCAGUCUCGACUGUUCAGCCCGACGGCCAUGAGCAACCGGCCGCAAUGCACUCCAAGUCCGGCCCGUCUGCCUGUGACGAUGAUACCCUGCGUGCCACUGGAGAAGCGCGCUUCAUGCCCGGCGCAUCAACUCUUCCAGUCGAUGGAACAACACUGCAGUCGCAGAGUCCCUUGGGACUUGCCACACCCACCAUAUGUCCGGCGCAACUGGCCUUCUCUGCUUUGCAACAUCUGCCGGUUCCGAUCCUCGUCAUGAACAGCCUCAAAACAGUCGUUUUGGCGAAUGAAGCCAUGGGCCGUAUGAUGGGACUGGUGCGCGACACAACCUGUCGAGACCUUGUCGCGACUGCUCUUCAACAGCUGCGAGGCCAGACUCUGUCCCAGAUAGGCAUCGACAUGCUGCGGGAUGGCAGCCCGAUCCGGAUCAAUUGGGAGACUUUUCUCGCUGGGCUGGUGGAUGAGGUUGGCGUUUGGUCGCCGACCGCGCCUCAGGUCCAGCAGUCGCCGGCCUCUCGGUCAUUGUUCCCUGGGGAUGCUCCCCCCGCGGCAGGGUCAAAGCCGGCUCCUGAUCUUGAGCCUUUCCAAGAUUCAAGGUCCCUCCCCAGAGAGGACGCUGUUGUUGAAGUGGUCAUCAGCCGCAAGGACUCGGGCAAAACAAUGUUCGACAGCAGGUACAAGGCCGAGGCGUCUGAUUAUCAAGCUUUCGCCAAAAUGACCAUUACAGUCUGGGAAAUUGAGGCCAAGCAGACAUUCUUCACACUGACCUUUACAGGCACCAGCUCAACUGCGUCGACUCAGUCGAGCGCAGAGAAGCCGGUGGCCAGGCCCAGCGUUACGGAAGCCGCUGGUCGCCAGACGACCGCCAGUUCCGCUGCAUCAUCAGUUCCCGCGAGCCGCGGUUCGAACCCGCCAUCUUUGCACAGCCCUGGCAUCGCCACAGUUUCUUCAAGCCCCUUCCUCCCCCUGGGGCCUCCUUCGGCCGCCUCGCAUACCAGCACACCCUCACUACCACAAAAGAUGAACCUAAUGAAGGACGCUCUGCUGGACAAUACCCAAAUCCCAAUCAUAGCCAUGUGGAAGGACGGCAGCGUGACUUGGCCCAACAAAGCUGCGCGGAACCUACUGCCUCGCACUCCCGACCUCGGCUCAUUUGCGAGCGGAUAUGACUAUGUAGAGCACUGGCCCAUGUGGAAUGAAGACUUCACCAGGAAGCUCGACGUAUCCGAGCACCCCCUGUCUGUGCUUCUUCGUACCGAGGUUCCCUUCUCGAGCAUGCGCGUGGGCGUUGUAACGAGGGACGGUAAGAAAAUCGUGCUCGACGUGCUCGGCGAGGCAAUACGAGAUGACACGAACGGAGAAUUCCUAGCUGGAGUCUUGACGGGCCGGGAUGUCACAACCAUGUCCGCGGAGAUCACGCAGAUCAAGGAGCGGGAUGACGAGAGAUUCAAGCUUAUUUGCGACACAAUGCCGCAGCUGGUGUGGACAGCCACUCCCGAUGGACGAUGCGACUUCUUAAACACGCGAUGGUACUCAUAUACGGGCUUGAAUCCAGAGGAUUGCCUGAAGGACGAUUGGAAGAUGCCCUUUCACGUCGACGACAUGCCGGUGGCACUGGCACGCUGGGAUCGCUCGUUGAAAACUGGCGAACCGUACGUUGUCGAAUACCGCUGCAGAAGCAAGGAGGGCGAGUGGAGGUGGUUCCUAGGCCGCGCCUUGGCCGUGAGAAACAAGGACACUGGCGAAAUCGAAAAGUGGUUUGGAACAUGCACCGAUGUGCACGAGAGCAUCGAGUUCAAAUUCAACGCCAAACGAACCCGCCAACAGCUGCUCAGUGUCAUCGCACACUCACAAGUCACCAUCUUUACGGUUGACCCCAAUCGUCGCAUCACCAUGCUCGAGGGCGCGUUGAUCUGGAACACCACCUACGAGGACAGUCAUGAGCCGAGUCGUUGGUACGUCGGGGAGGACAUGUAUACCGUCUUCAACCGGCUGGCUGGCAAGGUGACCGAAGGGGAGCAACCCCACUUCCUCGGGCCGAUCGAAGACAUCCUGGACGGGAAAUGCAAGGAAGAGGUGAGUGAGCAUGGAUUGAACGAUCGAUGGUGUCGCACUCGGGUUCUGCCCAUGUACGGCAAAAAGGCGCAAGACGGCAAGGCAGAAAACGACGGCAGCAUCGAAGGCGUGAUUGGUGUCAUCAUGGAUGUGACGGAGCUGAAGGAUCGGGAAGAGGCUCUCUUGCAACAAUCCCGGGAAAAACGAAGGGCCAUUGCGAACGAGGCCGCGGCAAAGGAAGCAAACAGGCUCAAGAGCCAGUUUCUGGCCAACAUGUCCCAUGAGAUCCGGACGCCCAUCACCGGAGUCCUGGGCAUGGCCGAACUCCUGGGGGACAUGGACUUGGACGAAGAGCAGAGGGACUACGUGGACAACAUACAGAGUUCUGCUACCUCGCUGCUGACCGUCAUCAACGACAUUCUGGACUUUUCCAAGGUCGAGUCUGGCCGGUUGGAUAUCGAGGAGGUUCAGUUUUCGCUCUCGCUGGUGGUCAAGGAGGUGGUGCGGAUGCUGCGAUUUGCCGUGGAGAGGAAAAACCUCGAUUUCCAGUCCGAAAUCGGAGGCGACAUUGAAAGGGACAUGGUGGUCAUUGGUGACCCGGGCCGCGUCAGGCAGAUCAUCACCAACCUCUUGACAAACAGCAUCAAAUUCACCAAUCAGGGAUAUGUCCGGUUCUCCGUGCUCAAGGAGGUGGAGACGUCCGAGUCGAUCAAGAUCAAGUUUGUGGUGGAGGACACGGGCAUCGGCAUUCAGGAAGAUGUGCGCAAGAAGCUGUUCCAGCCCUUCAGCCAGGGCGACGCGUCGACGGCUCGGCGGUUCGGCGGUACAGGCUUGGGGCUUACGAUUUGCAAGAAUCUGCUCGACUUGAUGCACGGACACAUCACGUUGGAUUCCGUCGUCGGCAGCGGAACCAAGGCGACGUUUUGGAUCCCAUUCAACAAGCCCCGAGGCACGCAGAAGCUGAACCCGGUCCAGAGCGGAGCGAUUCCCGACCGGCUGCAGUCGGAACUGAGCCUGUCGUGCAACAGCUCCGAGUACGACCACGUAGGGGGGACGUCUACCGGUUCCGAGGGGGCAGCCAUGCCGUCUUCCUUGCCGCGCCGACGGCCCUCUGUGCGGACGCCGCCAAACCAUGACCAGGACAUGCCUCGAGGUGAGCGUGCAAAGAUGCACAUUCUGGUUGUCGAAGACAAUCCCGUCAACCAGAAAAUCGCCAUCAAGACGAUUCAGAAACUCGGGUUUCAAGUCACAGCGGCAUGGAACGGCAAAGAAGCACUGCAUUAUUUGACGGCGACGUCCCGUGGCCAGAACAAGAAGCCGGAUAUCAUCCUGAUGGAUGUCCAGAUGCCCAUUAUCGACGGAUACAAAUGCACCCAUCUCUUGAGGCACCAUCUCCCGUACCAAGCCCUCCUCCAGGACGUGCCGAUUGUCGCAAUGACGGCAUCUGCCAUUCACGGCGAUCGCGAAAAGUGCAACAAGGCCGGAAUGGACGACUAUCUGGCCAAGCCGGUGACCAUGGCGAUACUGGAAAAGAUGCUCAUACGAUGGUGCCUGUCGCGACGCAGCGUGCCCGCGCAGCCCGUCAGCGCACUGCCGCACUGCUCCAAGGCCGGCGAGGAAUGCGAGAACACGGACAUUCCCCACGUAGGGCUUGAAAAGGCAAACCUGGCCUCGGAAGAGACCCUGCGAGACGAUGUCCAGGGCGGGCCCGUGACCCCGAAGCCGCUGACGACAAACGGACUGGACGAGCCGUCGCCCUUUGACUCGCCCUCGGCAAACGAGAUGGACAUGCAGGUGCGCAGACAAGAGGGCGAGAAGGAGUGGUCGAACCUCCUCCAAGAAAACAAGCUGAUUGACGCGGCGGGCGGGCCUUCAAACUUCCGCGGCACCCCGACGCUCGAAUCGGCCGGCAUGGGGGAGGCCUUGACGGAGGAGAACGUCAACAAGUUGAAGAGCGAGACGCGUACUCUGAAGAGAGCCUGA